CCGUCCAGGGGCGGGGUCGAGGUUUCCGCCGGGGACUAUAUAAAUGAAUAGUGGCCGGUUCGCGCUCAGACAGCGGUGUUCGCUCGGCGGCUAGAGCCCCAGUUUCGGGCUCUCGGAGCGGGUGGCCGAGCCGCGUGUGUCGCUCCCGCUUCCCGGCACCAUGUCCGGCCGCGGUAAGGGCGGCGGCAAGGCCCGCGCUAAGGCUAAGUCUCGCUCGUCCCGCGCCGGGCUGCAGUUCCCGGUGGGGCGCGUGCACCGGCUGCUGCGGCGCGGCCACUACGCGGAGCGCGUUGGCGCGGGCGCGCCCGUGUACCUGGCCGCCGUGCUCGAGUACCUGACGGCGGAGAUCCUGGAGCUGGCGGGGAACGCGGCGCGGGACAACAAGAAGACGCGCAUUAUCCCGCGGCACCUGCAGCUCGCGGUGCGCAACGACGAAGAGCUCAACAAGCUGCUGGGCGGCGUCACCAUCGCGCAGGGCGGGGUCCUGCCCAACAUCCAGGCCGUGCUGCUGCCCAAGAAGGCGGGCGCCGGCGGAGCCGGGCCGGCCAAGAGCGGCAAGAAGGGCAGCAGCCAGCAAUCGCAGGAGUACUAGGGCCGGCCACGCGCCGCCGGCGGAGACCCCCCUCCCCCGCCCAGGAGCUGCGGAUCCGUAGCGGGCUCGUGGGCGGGGAGAGCGCGAGGCCCCCGGCGCCUUAAGCUGGGUUGAGGGAGUCGAGCUUUCCGCAAAGGGGGGGGGGGAAUAGAGGUGCAGCCGCUGCCCGGUGGGGAAGCUGCCGGGGGGCCUCCCGCCCGCCCGUCCGUUGUACGAAGCGAGGGGAGCCGAGCCCCACGCUGCGCACGUGCCUUGAUAAUGAACUCAGCUGCUCCCGAGCCCUAUUGUUCCCUGCGCGUGAAGCUGCUGUUUGCAAAGUCCUAGUGGCAGAGGAAGCUGCUGCGCGGUCUCUUUUGCUCUGCAAUCUCCUGGUCCUCCGCUGACACCCACUUGACUCUUGCCUAUCUGAGAUGCUUCAACAUUAGCAAUGCAAACUGACCCGUAACAGACUCGUACGGGGGACAAGUGGCUUCAAGAGUCGCCCCCUGAGGUUUGCUGGGGAAGCUUUAAAAAACUGCUCCUGGAUCUUAUGGUAACUGUUCAAAUGGUACCGACAGAGGACUGAACAGAGACAUAUCAGAAUGCAGCUAUAGAGCUGCCUCACUAUACUUUUCCAGAAAUUUUGUUUGUUUUAAAGGAGCCCAUGCUUGCUGUUUAAUUACCUGUUUCAAAAUGGCACUGCUGUGAAAGAUGUAUAUUUACAUAUCUUGUUUUUCUUUUAACUUUAAGGCUGAGGGCAUCUCUUGCAUCAGAUUAAGCACAACAAUCCAAAACAUGGUAAACUAACAAGCCCUCACCCUCUUGAGUAGAAGGCAGCUUUCACUUAUCUCAGCAGUAGUGACUCUAUAAAGUGCUGUAAAUUUUUGUCUAAAAUGUUACAAGUAUUUGCUAGUUUGAUUCUGCAGUGAAGCCAUACUUUGUUUGACCUGUUUCAACAGACAGUAUCUGCAGCUAGAAGCUCAGUAGAACCACUACAGGAUCAAACCAGAGAAAAUUCUAGGGUUAGAGUAAACUUUUAGUUAACAAAACAGCAACCAUUUUUCUUUCAGCUGUGUCCUUUCUCUUGGACACUGCUAAAUCUGCUGUGGUAGCCUUUGUAACUUCCUGUACAUCCCAGAAAGAGUUUUGGGUAAUAAAAUAUGUGGUGACCUGCUAUUUCUGUAGCAUUAUAUUCCUUGCACUGUUAGUUCAAGGGCCAGAAAUAGUUUAUGUAUAUGCCUAAAGAAGAACAAGGAUUUAAAUGGGCAUGGAGACAAUUCCCUUCCUAAGUAAAGUAUUGUCAAUGGGUGUCAUAUAGACAUUGAAACAACCCAUUGUUUCCUUUACAAAACACCAUCUUUGCAUUUUAUGCUUUAAAGAGACACGAGUAUUGGCCUGAAAGACGAAGGGGAUGAAUCAC